CAUUAGGGCAGAGUGGAGUGGAUCCCAUGGAGGAUAAGAAUGCCCCUCCUGGAGGAGCUCUCUUCCCUCGUCUCCAUGUCAAAGAGACAAAGAACGCGGGUCCUCGCGCUCCGCCCAGAAACAAAAUGGCUCUUUACGAGCAAUUCACAGUACCUUCUCACAGAUGCCAGCAGCAGCAAAGCGAUGGAGCUCCACCGCAGCCUUUUGUGCCUCAGGCACUCAAUGGAGGCUACUAUUUUCCUUACUACAUGGUUCCUUCUCCGGUGGCUUUCCAGCCCAUGAAUGUUGUGCUGGGACAACAUAGCCAGAGUGUUGCGAACGAGACUGAGCAAAGGGAGCUCCAGCAAGUUCCAGGUGACGGUAGUAGUAACAGGCAGCUUGCUCGAAUUCCCUCUUUGCACUCGAGAGCUAGAUCGGGCAAGACGAAGACUGGAGCUCCAAGGGUGGACGACGUUGCAGCGGUGCCAACGUAUCCCUCGAAGCCUGCAGCAGUCCCCGCAAGAUCUUCUAAACAGGAGCUCUUCGCUAGUGCUUCUGUGGCUCCCUCCAACGCGAGUACUAGCGCUACGAAGUCUCAGAGACAAGUUGAAGUUCGGGAGACAACGCAGGCGAGGAAAGAUUCACGGCCGAGAAAUAGAGCUCCUGGAGACUUGGGUGAUCAAGAAAAUGGAAGCGAAGUUCGUGUAAUGGCGUCGUCAUCACCCAGCCAUAGCUACGAGAGCAACGAAGACAAUGGGCGGAUAGAUAAUCAGUCUGACGAGGAGCUUGAGGGGCGUGGUUCUCCAGAGGAAGUGGAAGCCAGUGACGAUUCUGCGACUUCGGUUGUGGAAAACAAUGCCGCUCCUUCAGCUAUUACUUCCAAGGAGAUCAUGUCUGCCGUUGGCGACGAGGAGUUUUGGAAAAUGCGCAAGGCUAUGCAAAGGCAGCAAACCAUUUUUCAAAAGCAGCUGUUUGAAUUGCAUCGAUUGACCAAGGUCCAGCAUCUUAUGGCAAACUCCAAGAUAAGUGAUCCUUCAAAAACACAAGACGAAAAAACUGACAAACGAGUCGGGAGCGAGCCGACUCACUGUGGCGAAGCUCCAAAAACUAGCAAGCCCGAUCCAAAACCCGACCAAGCUCCGGCUCCAAAAACUCCAUCACAGACUCAACCUUUGUCAACAACACCUUACGACUAUACCACUCAUCCUCGACCCAUCCAAGCCGCAAACACCAUCAACUACGCAACUUACCACCCAGCUUACAACCAAUGGUACGCUCCUCUACCGUUUCAGUUUCCAUUCCAGCAAACUUUUCCAGUCACAGCGCAAGUUUUCAACACUCCAUACUACCCAGCUCCGCUGUAUGGCGGCGGCGCUGCUCCUCCAUUUCUUCCUCCUCCUCCAGAUCCAAGGCAGUUUAUGUCUCCUCCAGUCCAGCUCCAGCCAUGGCCGCAGCAGCCUCCUCCCGGAAGUUUAUACUCGGAUCCGGCUGCUCUCCAGUGGAUGGGAUUCGUAAAUCCUCCCGGCGGAGCAACUUAUCGUCCGCCAGCGGCGGAGUCGAGCUUGCAAGCUUCGUCGAUCCACGACGAUCACCAGUCUCGCAAGGAUCGCGGCAUCCAUCUCCGCUCGCAAGGCUCCUCGUCGGGUUUUAGUCUCAUCCAGCGAGCCGAUAGCUCGUCUCCAGCUCCAGCUCCAGCUCCAUCGCCAGCAGCAGAGAAUCGCAGGCAGCAGCACCAAGAACCGAGGCAAAAGCUUGUGGGAAGGUUUUGCGGAGAGAAUCAAAGCGGUGGCCAGAGCGAGCAUGGAGUGUCUCCGUAUUCUCGGCCUUCUGGAUUCCAGAGCGUGAAGAACAGCAGCAGCAGCAGCAAAGAGCAGCGAUCGAGCCAGGGAUCGCACAAGGCGAUCAAAGUUACUCCAAGAGCAGCUCCGGUCACUGCCGAGUCCGCUGCUGAGAUUUUACACUCGAUCCAGAAAGAGCGUCCUUCCUGACCGGUAAGUGAAGGUUCUCUUCUUUUUUUCUUGUGCAUUGUCUUUUCUUUUUUCUUGGCUUUCCUCUUCGUGGGUUUUUUCCCAGGCCUGUUGUAAAUAUAUAAUACAAAAGGUGUGGUGUUUCGAGCUGAAA